AUGGCAGAAAAAAUAAAAAGAUUCUUUGCUAAGAAAAAGGCGGAUGCAAAGUUCAAGCUAGCAGGCCCCGGUAGAAAGUUGACAGAGUCUUCGACUGCGGUUGUAGGGCCCAGUAAAUCUAAAUCUGCUUACAUCCCGGCUAAAGUAGAACCUAGCGAGGCUGCUAAGCAAGCCGCAGAAGCUGCAUUGAUCCGAUUGCAGGGCCAGAAGAAAGAUACUGUUUUUAAUACUUCAUUAGCUGCCAUUCAGGCUAAAGUUAGGAAGGAGUUAGAGGCUGAAACUAAAGAGCAGGGACAUGGGUCUGGAUCUCCUACGAAAGUUCAAGAAAACGAAUUCGAGUAUUCUGCUCAUUUGGCUGUGAAAGGAGUAUACUUCAAAUGUCCUCUAAUUAGUGAUGAAAUACUGACCAAAGAAGAGUGGAAACUGAAAAUAAAGGACUUUUUGUUCAACACCCUUGCAGAAGAACGUGCAAUGACGUCAUGUUUAAUUAUUUAUUCUUGCAAUUAUAACAGAUCAAAGGUCAUGGACUGCGUGAACGUUUUAGUUAGAUAUUUAGACAAUCUCAUUGCCAAUCCAGACGAAAUCAAAUUCCAUAAAAUUCGUUGUUCAAACGCCACUUUCUGUGAUAAAGUGCUCCCCAUUUUGGGGGCCACGGAUUUCCUAUACGCUUGCGGAUUCAGACAGCAAAAAAUCGAAAAUAAUGGUGUCGAUGAGGAUUUUUGGGUGUGGUCACUUGAUAACGUUGAAAAUCUCGAAACUUUACAGUUUAUGAGGGAAACUCUAAAAGCCGAGGAACGGGUCGAGCUGGAGAUCGACAGGAACCUUCAGGUCCUUUCUCCAGCCCAAGCCGCGAAACGUUUGGAACUACCGGCCGAUUUUUACGCCUUGUCCGCCGACGAGAUAAAGCGCGAGAAACAACAAAGGAGCGAAAUGGUGGAGAAACAACUGCAAUUAAGGACGAAAGCCAUGAGGGAAAAGGACGAAAUUCGCGAGAUAAGAAAAUACAAAUUUUGUUUAAUCAGAAUCAGGUUCCCGGACGGUUUAUACCUACAAGGAACUUUCUCGGUCUACGAAAAAUUCUCCGAGGUUUUAGACUUCGUCACCGACAACCUCGAACACGAAGGUCUACCGUUCGUCCUAUCCGCCCCCACCGGUCACAAAAUGGAAGACGCCGAUAAAGAAAGCACCCUACUGGAUCUCCGUCUCGUUCCCGCCACCAUAUUGCUGUUCCAUUGGGACGCCAGUGUCGAAGAGGAUCUGAAGGCUGCAGGGAAUGUGGCGUACCUAAAACCCGAAGUCAUGUUGCUCGUUCAGUCGUUGUAG